CAUUCUUCAGGGGGAGAAAGAAAUUUCUGCAGAGGUCGUGCAGAAGAAACUGUCCUUUAAUGUAAGCAAAAAACUCUGUAAUUGAAUGUCCUUUUUUAUGUGACAAAUGUAAGCAUUUUCAAUUUUUUAAGCAAUAUGAAAAAUAUAUUAACUUGUUUUUAUUAAAAAUACAGACAAUCAGGAUUCAUACUUAGUGACUUUAUAAUGUCACUUUAUCCUAAAAUCUUCAAUGUAUUAAAGAAAAAAAAAAAAAGAGGAUUAAAACCCAGAUUCUCAAAUGUAUUCAGAUGCUGUUGGAUGCCUAAUCCCAGUGUUCUACCUGCUCUAUUAUUUAAAAUUUGGCAACCAAUGUGUUCUAAUGUUUUUCUGUUAGCAUAAUGAAACAGUAUUUAAGGUCAUAAAGAAAGCAUUCUAAAAAUGGCUUGGCACCUACCCUUUUGUUGCUCAAUAAUUCAGUGCAAACUUUCAAGUCACAAUUCAUCUGUUGUUUUCCUUCAAAAUAAACUAUCAUAGUCCCUGGAAUCAUCAGGCACGUAUGGAAAGUGUGGCAAGUGUUUCCAACUGUGACGUAUCAGCUAAAUGGCAAGGUUAAUGUUGCUGGCACACCCAUGUCUCAUUCAUGUAUUGCAAAAAUGAAGAAAGGUUCAUUUAUACUGCAUCUAGGCAAAAUUCAGAAUUCACAAACAUUAUUUUACACAUGGUGGCUUUCACUUUGUUCCUAGUUUUAAUCAUCUGCGUGGCCUUCUCUAAGUAAUUCUGUGUUUCAGAGCCUCUGCCAUUAAACACAGAACACACUACAUGUCUGUUUGUACAAGGACCAACAGCAUCCUUACAAGUAGAAAUACUUUAGAAGAGUAAUGAUAAGCACAGAAAUGUAGAAAUACUCCUAAUCACCAUUUCAUGCCCAGGACAUAACACAUGCAGGAACAUGGAAACAACUGUGCCAGAGUGAGUCACAGAGAUCCCUCAGACCCCUGUGCUCUCUCUUUCCCGUAGUCAUCAGCAUUGACACCAACAAGUAAGUGCUCAGUGGAGUUCAGAAUUUCACAUUGAAAUGGUCAAAAAGCAUACGAACAGUACCAUUUGGUAUCUUCUUUAUAUUUUUUCUAUUCAAAAUUAAAAUAAUUUAAGUAUCCUGUUACAAAUAAGUAAUGCUGUGUAAAAAUACUGUUUUCAGACUUUUCAUCACAUAAUGUUUAUCUUUUACUCAGGUGUCUCGUCCUACCAGUUGCUCAACUAUGAAGACAAAUCUGAUGUUUCACUUAAUGGUCGAAGAGGAAAUCAGAUAAUGAAUGAUGUUGGUUUUGAUGUUGCUGGAUCAGAUUCUAUUGCGUUUAAAGCUUCUUUUGGCAUAGUGACGAAACAUGAGGUUGAAGUACCAACAUUACUUAAAGAACUUACUACAAGAAAAAUAAACUUUGAUCAUUGUCUAGUCCAUCAAACAAGAAAAAGCAGGAUGGAAAUUUUGUGUGUGGUCAUGGAAAGUAUUAGAACUACAAGGCAGUGCUCCUUAACCGUCCAUACUGGAAUGCGUGGAGAGACAAUGAGGUUUCACAUUAUUGAAGAUCAGAAUUGUAAAGGACGGGACAAAGUCAUUGUUUUUCCUGCACAUACAACGAUUGCUUUUAGUGUAUUUGAACUUUAUAUUCAUUUGGAUGGUAAUUUUGAACUCUGUGUGACUCCAGUUUCAAAAGGAGGAUUUGAAAAAGAGAAAUCUGGAUCAUCAUCACUGUCCAAAUUAAGGAUAUUAAAGAGUACUCUGUUUCAUCGAAAUAAAAUAGUAGUGGAUACCAUUGCUAACUCUGAGCCUUACUUGGAGGACCUUUUUACAGAUUAUUAUGAAAAAGCUGCAAGCAUGACUGACCUCUCUACAAGUUAUCUCAGAGAGGGGUCUCAUAUCCGAAUUAAUUUACUUAAUAACAACAUCCCAAAAGGUCCCUGUGUCCUCUGUGGAAUGGGAAGUUCUAAAAGGGAGACAGUCUACGGAUGCCUAGAGUGUUCUUUUAAUGGACAAAAGUAUGUACGACUGCAUGCUGUGCCCUGUUUUGACCUCUGGCAUAAGAGAGUGAAGUAACCGAGCUAGGUAAGUGCCUGUUGUCACAGACGUGGGCAUAACUGUGCCACAAAAACUUUCAGAAUUAGUAAAUGUGACUCAAAUUGUUGAAAUGCAAAAUGGUGAAAGUGCAAAAUAUUUUACUACGCUGUUAUCUUCAAUUUGCUUCAUAAUCAAUGACCUGUUACUUGAAAAUGGCUUAUUCAUACCCUGACAUUGCUUUUCUUCUCUCUAGUACCUUGUCCUUUCAUUGCCAUGAUGAAGAAAAAUGUGCUUUAAAACUGUAUUUUCAUAAUGUCAAAAUAUAUGCUAGAACUUGUUUACACAAACCUGUUUUUAAACCCCCAAAU